GGGCCAAUCGGGAAAGGCGGGCGGAUCCUGUUGCAGCACUGCGUGCGGGGUGACGUCAGCGGCCACGCAGAACGUAACGUGCGACGUGCUGGCGGCGGCGGUGGUUUGCCUGUGUGGCUCCCCGGGGGAGUGCGGAGGCCCGAGCGGCCGGUGUUUCCAGAUACUAUAUCCCACAGUGAACAGUUUGUCCCUCAUGCACCUUCCUUACGCCGGGCCACCCCUGUACGGAGGACUGUCCGCCAUGUCAUAGUAGCGCCCUCACCCUUAAGUUGUCUACUUUCACACCUGCACAAUGAAAUUCCGAGACCAGGUGAGCACGCUAUCUGAGUGGUUCAAGGGCUGGAACGAGUGCGAGCAGACGGUGGCCCUUCUUUCUCUCCUGAAAAGGAUUACGAGGACCCAGGCGCGAUUCCUACAGCUAUGCUUGGAGCACUCUCUAUCGGACUGCUCUGAGAUACACAUCCUCGAGACAGAGGCCAACAGCGCUGCUCUCAUUAGUCAGUGGCACCAGGAAUCUAAAGAGAAGGUGAUCUCCCUGCUGUUGUCCCAUCUGCCACUGCUGCAACCCCGGAACACAGAAGCGAAAUGCGAGUACAUGAAACUGCUGCAAAAAGUGCUGGCGUACACCACCGAGAGCAACCUGUACAUCGAAGAGAGCCGACAGCUCCUGUCCUAUGCACUGAUCCAUCCAGCCACCACGCUGGACGAUCGCAACUCUCUCGCACUGUGGCUAAACCAUCUGGAAGAGCGACUGUCCACAGGCUACGGCCGACAUGGCACACAUCUGCGGCAGGGUUCUGAUGAAUGGCAGGCCCCAGGGGAACCCAGCAUGGGAGAGUCUGGGCAUAGUUGGCAUGAAAAGCCAAUGCGAGAAAAUGGACUUAUGCCCUUCCCUUCUUCCAGUUCAGUGCCCUCUGCCAUCUUGAAUGUGGGUGGUAGUUCAGUCCUCUCCUGCCAAAUGCACCCAAGUCCCUUGAAACGCUCCAUGUCCUUGAUUCCCACCUCCCAGCAGACAUCCAACGAAUGGGGAGGGUCGGAGGAGGCUGCCGGACGUUCUGUCUUCCUCACCCCAGACCAUGCGCCCCUCUCCCCACAGAGCAGCAUCGCUUCAUCGGGCAGUGAGCAGACAGAGGAGUUUACCUCCGGACGCAACACAUUUCAAGAGGACGGGAGUGGGAUGAAAGAUGUUCCCACCUGGUUAAAAAGUUUACGUCUGCACAAAUAUGCAUCGCUGUUCUCUCAGAUGAGCUACGAGGAAAUGAUGAUGCUGACAGAGCAGCACCUUGAAUCGCAAAAUGUUACUAAAGGGGCACGGCAUAAAAUAGCUCUGAGCAUCCGGAAGUUGCGUGAGAGGCAGAGUGUGCUUCGAUCCCUAGAGAAGGAUAUUCUAGAGGGAGGAAAUGUACGCAGCGCCCUCCAGGAGCUUCAGCAGAUUAUCAUUACACCUAUCAAAUACUACCGGCCCAAUCAGACAGAAUCAGUAAGCAGCGACCAGGCUUCCCAACAUCGGUCUAACCAGGAUUCUGCCAGCAAAGGCUCCAAUGAGAAUGAGCCGCCCGCAGGUCUGACAGCUGAUGGCUUCCAGCAACAAAGUGCUCCAUCUGGUGACUUGGAGACAUCCGUGCCACCUAUAGCAGAUGGUGACAUCCCUGGGCAACUUACCAGAGUGCUGGGUAAAGUCUGCACACAGCUGUUGGUAUCCCGGCCGGAUGAGGAGAACAUAACCUGUUACCUGCAGCUACUAGAGAAGUGCCUGACGCAUGAGGCAUUUACCGAGACACAGAAGAAAAGAAUACUCUCCUGGAAACAGCAGGUCCUGAAGCUGCUCCGAACAUUUCCCCGCAAGGCGUUACUGGAAAUGCAGGGGUACAGACAACAGAAGGGGUGCAGCUGGGCAUUUGCUUCAAAUUCCCUCCCCAUAGCUGGAUCUGUGGGGCCAUCCUUGGCACGAAGAGGGCAGCGCCCAUUUCAGAUGACCCCAAGGGCUGUACCACCUUCUCGGAUUGGCGUACUCAGUCCUGGUUCAAUUGGAGGAGUCUCUCCCCGGCAUGCACUUACCGGCCAAAGCACUGGGAGCCAGGGUCGACAGAACCUGUGGUUUGCCAAUCCUGGAGGAAGUAACAGUAUGCCAUGCCAGAGUCACAGCUCGGUGCAACGCACCCACUCCUUACCCGUGCACACUUCUCCACAGAGCAUACUUAAGUUUCCACCUGAUUGCCAGGUUCCUGGUGCAGAUCUGGAGAUUAAUCCCCGGCUGGAGUCUUUAUGCCUGAGUAUGACAGAGCAUGCGCUGGAGGAGGGUACAGACAAGACCUCAACAAUCUGACAACGCACUCGUCGAACCCUUCUCUACAAGAGUCUGCAGAUUCCAUACCUUCCCAUGACCUCGGCCAGGGAAGUGACAAAGCUUUCCCACGAUACCCCCUGAGGCCGUCACUACAUCAUCCACCCACUGCGUUCUAAUACUCGUUUCAGCUAUCAUAACUUUUUAACUUUGGUUUAAUAUCCAAAUACACACGGCACCGCUAAGCGUUCAUGUUGAGGAAGGAGCUUUUUCUGUAUAUACAUGUUUACCAUGACGUGGUUACAUGGGGGGAGCUUAAUGAAGAGUCUUUUCUGGUGCGCACACUUACACCCGCCAUGCACUUGGAAGGGUCACAGUGGCAGAUAGCCUGGUUGUGGUGAGCAGGAAGGAACAUAACUUUGCCAAGACAUGUAAAAGCUCGGCAGGCGAGGUUUGCUAAUCUGUUGUUGAGCCAGGAGCUCCAGGGAAGGCACCUCUGCCAGGCAAACACACUAAGCUAAGGAACAGGAACUGUUCCCACUACAAGGACUGGCAUCUGUCAGACAGGAUGCUGCCCCGUGCGGUCACUUGUCUACUGCCGAUCAAGAAGAAGGGACAUGUACAAGAUCAGGGCUGUCUAGUUGGCUCAGCCCAAAGGAGUAAAAUGCCCCCAGUGUUAGUCAGCACUACUCCUAAUGCAUGCAAGGAUAGAACACUUGUAUGAAUGGCAGAACAGUGUAACGUAAUAGACGCUGCCAUUCUGCAGAGAGAGUGUGUGGUGGUGCUAAUCUUCAAUAAAUGACGCAACCUACUGUUAUCUUCUCGGGUCCGCAGCCCACACUUCUACGGAAUCAUCCUUGUGAGCGACUGUCUCAUCGGACACACACAGCCUCCCUCCUCUUGCAGCGGUGGACUCGAAGCCGCCUCUGUGCCACACGCGGAGCGUGGAGGCAAAGAGCUGGGCAACGCCGCCAAGACUGCCUGUGGCCACCUUCUCCAAAGUAUUUUCAGAAUAGCGCUAACUAUUUAUUUCUAACAUAGAAACACGGCUCCUUUUCUGAUAGAAGACAAAAUUGUUAUUUUAGAUACAUUUUAUUAUGAAUAACUUUUGUUAUGACUAUGGCUGGUAACCAUGAGUACAAAUUAUUAAAAGAAAAUAUAAAAAUA